GUUAGGAUUAGGUAAAUGCAGUACUCCCUCUUCCCAAAUCUUGACAGUUAGUCAAUGGCAAUUCUCUAAUGUACCUGUACGAUUAGGGUUUCAACGAAUCGUGCGUUCCCUUAAUUGAAACGAAAAAUGUCCGAUUUCAUAAACUCAAUCAUCACAUAAAAUGACCGCAAGGAAAAUGCAGACUGAGAAAGAACCUGAAAUCAUAAGGGAGUCUUUUUGCUUCAACUCAGGGGUGGAAAUCUAACUUGCCAUAAGUAGAUAAAGUGGGAUAUUUUUGUAAAAGAAGAAGAAGAAUCCAACUGUGUAUGUAGUGGAUUAAUAUGUCCAUGAGGUUCAUGUGUUCAAAGUUUGAUGGUGAAAUGGAGACCAAACUAGUACUCAACAGUUCAGUUCUUAACCGAAGUUGAGAGUUCAUGGAAGAGCUGGUGUUUUAUAUUAUGGAGCUCCAUCAGUUGGUUAGGCCAGACAAAACAUGCUAUGUGAGAAUGCUUUUGAUGAUGAUGUUCGUAUGCUCAUUCGCUCCUGUAGAAGUCAAAGGUCUGACUGGAAAUUCCAGUUCAUCAUCAAGGCCUAGUUUUGUGAAUGUGGGGGCUCUAUUUACUUUCAAUUCAACCAUUGGGAGAGCGGCAAAACCAGCUAUUUUAGCAGCCGUUGCGGAUGUGAAUUCUGAUUCGAGUAUCCUUUCUGGGACAAAACUAAAUGUUGUCAUGCACGACACAGUUUGCAGUGAAUUUCUUGGAACGAUAGAAGCUUUGCAGCUAAUGGAGAAAGAUGUUGUUGCCAUCAUUGGUCCACAAUCCUCUGGAAUAGCUCAUGUAAUUUCCCAUGUUGUCGAAGAGCUUCACGUUCCACUUUUAUCGUUUGGAGCAACAGACCCUACUCUAUCAGCACUUCAAUAUUCAUAUUUCAUCCGCACGACGCAAAGUGACUACUUUCAGAUGCAGGCUGUUGCUGACUUGGUUGAUUUUUAUGGAUGGAGAGAGGUAAUUGCCAUUUAUCUUGAUGAUGAUUAUGGACGAAGUGGCAUAUCUGCUCUAGGUGAUGCGCUAGCAAAGAAGCGAUCAAAGAUCUCUUAUAAGGCUGCAUUUACUCCUAGGGCCACAGAAAGCACAAUCAAUGACUUACUGGUUGAUGUAAAUCUGAUGGAAUCUCGAGUUUAUGUAGUGCAUGUAAACCCUGAUUCCGGUCUAAAUAUUUUCUCUGUUGCAAAGUCUCUUGAAAUGAUGAACAAUGGUUAUGUGUGGAUCACAACAGAUUGGCUCCCAUCUGUAAUAGAUUCAUCAGAACCAGUAGACGCUGAUACAAUGAAUCUCUUACAAGGAGUAGUUUCACUUCGUCACCACACUCCAGACUCGAGACUGAAAAAGGGUUUUAUCUCUAGGUGGAAUCAUUUAAGAAGGAAUGACAUUGCUAGCUCAAGUAUGAAUUCAUAUGCACUUUAUGCUUAUGACACAGUUUGGUUAGUUGCCCGUGCUAUUGAGAGUUUCCUGAAUGAAGGAGAAAAAAUUUCUUUCUCGAAAGAUCAGAGGCUGCAUGAUACAAAUGGAAGUAAACUGCAGUUAACAGCAGCAUUGCGUGUCUUUGAUGGAGGUCAGAGCUUACUUCAGAAAAUUAUCAGAACAAACUUUACUGGUUUAUCCGGUCAGAUACAGUUAGAUCUAGAGAAGAAUUUGAUUCACCCAGCUUACGAUGUUAUCAACUUUGGUGGUUCUGGGUCUCGUACGAUUGGAUAUUGGACUGAUUAUUCUGGUCUCUCAGUUGUUUCUCCUGAAACCCAAUACCAGAAACCUCCAAACACGUCUGCUAGUAGUCAGAUGCUUCACAGUGUGAUAUGGCCUGGUGAAACAACGGUAAAGCCGCGCGGAUGGGUGUUUCCCAACAAUGGGAUGCCUCUGAGAAUUGGGGUUCCAAACAGAGUUAGUUAUAAGGCAUUUGUGGCGAAAGAUAAAGGUCCUAAUGGUGCCAAGGGGUUCUCUAUAGAUGUGUUUGAAGCUGCAGUACGGUUGUUGCCUUAUGCUGUUCCACACACAUAUAUAUUGUUUGGUGAUGGUCAGAGAAACCCUAGCUACAGCGAUCUAGUGAGGAUGGUCGCUGAUAAUAAAUUUGAUGCAGCUGUUGGAGACGUAACCAUUAUUACCAAUAGGACACGAAUUGUUGAUUUUACACAGCCUUACGUUGGAUCUGGUCUUAUUAUAGUUGCUCCUGUCAAACAAACAGACUCAAGUGCUUGGGCCUUUCUAAAGCCAUUUACAUAUCAAAUGUGGCUAGUCACUGGUGUUUUCUUUCUAUUUGUGGGAUCCGUUGUAUGGAUUCUCGAGCAUCGGAUGAACACUGAAUUCCGUGGGCCACCAAGACAACAACUUGUGACAGUUUUCUGGUUUAGUUUCUCAACAAUGUUUUUUGCACACAGAGAAAAUACCGUGAGUACUCUUGGGCGUUCCGUGCUGCUGAUAUGGCUCUUUGUAGUAUUAAUUAUCAACUCAAGUUACACGGCUAGUUUGACCUCAAUCCUUACAGUCCAGCAACUCUCAUCGGGUAUUUCAGGGAUUGACAGCUUAAUCUCAAGUAAUUAUCCUAUUGGGGUCCAAGAUGGGUCAUUUGCAAAAAACUAUCUGAUUGAAGAGCUAAACAUAGCCGAGUCAAGGAUUAGAAUACUGAAAAGUCAAGAAGAGUAUCUAAGUGCCCUUCAACUUGGACCUAGCGGCAGUGGAGUCGCUGCCAUUGUAGAUGAACUUCCAUACAUUGAGGUUUUUUUAUCCAGUGCCAAGUGCAAGUUCAAGAUAAUCGGACAGGAAUUUACAAAAAGCGGUUGGGGAUUUGCAUUCCAGAGGGACUCUCCUUUAGCUGUUGACCUAUCAACGGCUAUCCUUCAACUCUCGGAGAAUGGUGAGCUACAGAGGAUUCACGAUAAAUGGUUAUCAUACACACUGUGUUCCAUGCAAGCCACUCAAGAAGUCGAGUCCAACCGACUAUCUCUAAAAAGCUUUUGGGGACUAUUCCUCAUAUGUGGAAUAUCAUGCUUUCUCGCUCUCCUUAUAUUUUUCAUCAGAGUCUUGUGUCAGUUCCGGAGGUAUGUUCCAGGGGAUGAAGUGGCAGAAGCGGUAGAAAUGGAAAGACCACACCUUUCACGGGGGCCAAGCCGUUCAACUAGCUUCAAGAACUUGAUUGAUUUCGUUGACAAAAAAGAACACGAAAUCAAAAAUAAACUAAAGAAGAAAUCAAGUGAUAUUAGUAGACAAGUUAUAGAUGAACAACACCCUUCUACCUCCUUUCCUUAAAGAAGGCUUCUUGUGUAGGAUUCAUGAGUAUGACCAAAGGUAAAAACCAAGGUUAUACUCUGUAUAAGAAAUCACUCAUUUAUGUUGUAAAACCCAGAUUAACACAUUCACAAUGUACACAAUCUUACAUUAUUUUCAAUACAAUUUACCAAGGAAAAAAUCUUG